ACAGAAAUCAGAAAUCAUGGGUUUGGGUAGUACCAUAAACGAUGUAUCAUCUGCAGAUUCACUACCAUUACUUCUCAUAGCUAUAAUAGCCAAUUGUAUAUGUUAUACAAGGUCUAUACUCUUCUGGGUGUUCAAAUCAUUUGGAUACCACGUUCAAUUCUCUUUCACUGAUUAUGAUUUUGAUCAUCAUCAUGAACAUGAUUUAGUAGUUUUACACGCCAGUGAUAACCAUAGCUUAUUAAACGCUGUUGGAUUAUCAGGUGUAAAUUCAUCAUCAGCCGCAGCAGCAGCAGCAGCAUCAAGUGAUGAUGAUCUUAUUUUGAAAGAGCAAUUACUUUUAAAUUUGAAUCAUCAAGUUUAUUAUUACGAAGAUCAUCAUCAAGAAGAAGAAGGAGAUGAUGAUAGAUUACGAUGUAUUGUGUGUUUGUGUAGAUUAAGAGAUGGAGAACAUGUUCGUGAAUUAGGAUGUAAACAUAUUUUUCAUAAGGGUUGUUUAGAUGGAUGGUUAAUCGAUCAUUUCAAUUCUACAUGUCCUCUUUGUCGUUCACCAUUAGUAUUGGGUUCUCAUCAACAUCAUCAUCAUCAUCUUCAUCAACAACCAAUAAUCCCGGCCUUCUAAAUAUCACUAGACCGUCAUUGGUAUACAUGGUGGUGGAUUCAUGUUCUUCACAUAGAUUUCUUCUUCUCUUUUUUUUUUUCCUUUUGAAAGCAAGAUGGGGUAUUUUUAGCAUACACCCCUUAUUAAUUUUGCUCCUUUUUUUUUCUCCUCCCCUGUUUCUUUUCUUCAAGAGCUGAGUUAAAAGUUCUUUAUUUUCGUACGGUCUGUAAAGUUCAGCAAAAAGUUUAUAUACAAUCCUUCUAGCUUGACUCAAUGUCUCUAAUUGUGUAUGCUGUUCGGAUUUCUAAUCUGCCUGAAACUUCGGAGGUAGCUAAUUGUGAAAUCUCAGCUGAACAUAAAUGGUUAAAAGUACUGUUUUAGAUUUUUCUUA